GUAAAAUCUCUUCACGUCGACGACCGUCAUCUUUUGUUGCGGUAAAACAUCGCAAUAUUAUUGAUUGUUUGUGUUUUAAUUUAAAACUUUCGUUAUUCGGCAAGUAUUAUUAUGUAUCUCAUUAAAGUUCAAUAGUUCGUGUCAAAAAACAUGUGCAAUGCUACAAUCGUGAUGCUGGUGCCAGCCAUCACAUACAGUUUUCAGUGACGCUGGGCAUGCUGCUACAAAAAUGGUUACGUCUAAUAAAUUAUCGGAUAAGAAAGUCGUGAAAAUGGCAGAACAGAACAAUAGUGCCGUAGUGCCGCAAAGAACAUUGUUGGGAGAAGUUAAUGAACACAUCACUUGCUUUUUGUGUCAUGGAUACUACAUAGAUGCGACAACAAUCGUAGAAUGUUUACAUUCUUUCUGCAGAAGUUGCAUUAUCAAGCAUUUGCAGGUCAAGAGUUACUGUCCGGUUUGUGAAAUGAUGAUAAAUUCUGCCAAACCUAAUAUUAAAUUGGACAAAGCUCUUCAGGACAUUGUUUAUAAACUUGUACCUGGGCUUUUCCAAAAAGAAAUGGAACGACGCCAGACAUUUUAUGCAUCCAGGCCUGGGCCAGCUGCUUCUGCCACCCCAGAACAAAGGGGUGAAGAUACUGAGAGAAUUAUUUUCAGUCCUGAGGAUGUUAUUUCAUUUUCUUUGGAAUAUGCAGAUGCUACAGAUACAGAUAGUAUUUCUAGUAAAUCUUCUGACAGUAAUGAACCACAACCAGCUUCAACAACCACUAGAAGGUUUUUGCAAUGUCCUGCAGUUGUUAAUAUCAGUCAUUUGAAGAAAUUUCUUAGUAUGAAAUUCGAUAUUGACAGCAGUCAGUUUGCAAUUGAUAUACUAUACAAGAGAGUACCACUGCCAGAUUAUUAUACUUUGAUGGAUAUUGCCUACAUUUAUAACUGGAAGAGAAAUGAACCAAUGCGAUUUUUCUAUCAAAUAAUUGAUUACAUAGCUAUUCGUAAUAGACUAUUUGAUAUAAAUAGGAAAGGUUCCCAUUUUAGAGACAGAAAAUCUAGCCCAGCUUCAACAGAAGAUACAAACGUCAGCAGUCCUGCACCAAAUUUGAAUGACCAAGGAUCUGAAGCUUCAUCUGGAACAGAUAGUCCAAUGCCUGAAGAUAAUAGUUCGAAACAAAUCAGUGAUUCAUCAAAGAAAAGUGAAAAAUCUGUACAGCAAAGCAAAUUAUUAAACUCGCAAGAUACCAGCACCCUAAACAGAAACUGUCCAUCACCAAAAAAGAAUGAUGAUGAAGUUGAAAAAUCUCAAUUUUUAAAUUCUUUUGAACUAACGGCUAAAAGCAAUUCCACACCUUCAAAAACUUCACCAACUAAAACUGAAAGUGUGCCUACCGCUCCUGAGACUUCAUCUAAAAAUCAAACUCAUUCUCCAAAAAUAGAUGACACCUUAAAAAGAAAAGGUCCUACACCAUCUAAUGUUCCUGAAAUGAAAAAGUUAAAAAUUGAACUAGAAAAAACUAAAUUGCCUGAUUCAUAUACUACUGGAAAUAUGUCUCUUUGUAAUCAAUCAAGCAAAAGUAUGGAAAGUCAAGGAAAAGUAAAAGAAUCUGAUAACUCGUCAAAAAGCCUACAUGCACCUUCUAAUAAUAAGAGUUCUUCUGGUUCAUCAGGUUCAAAUAAAGAAGUUAAGCAGCAUCCAACAAACCUAAAACAAUCUCCAUUACCAGAAAGCCCAGGGGCCAAGAAACCUACAGUACCUCAAACCAUUUCAUCACCAAAGCGUAAAAUUAAUACUGAUGCACAUAUUAUGCAACCACCAACAACACCUAAGACAGUUUCUCCACUGAAACUUCAAUUACCUAAACCUGAAGCACAUCCAUCUAUUCCAAGAGCUGUGGAUGUGCCAAAACCUGUACCUAAAAAAAUACCUGACUUAAAACCAAGUAUUCCCCUUCCUCAACCUGCCCUAAGUAAAGGUCAGCCAAUAAACAAAGUAAGGAUGGACCUUUUAGCUAAUAAUAGUGAUCCAACAAUAGAUAGGAGUAAAAUAUUAUCUCAAGUGAAAACUUCUCUUGGUGGAGUUAGUAGCCCAGUUCCAACUACGGGUGAUCCUUUAAAAUCAUUAUUUGAUUCAUGUAAAAUCAAUAUACCUUCUUCUCUAUCCAUCACACUGACUGAUCAAAAGCAGGAUCCUCGAAAUCCUGGUGAGAUUUCUACUGACCCCAAAAAGAAUGCAGUUAACAAAAAUCUAGCUGGUGCUAAUAAUGCUUCUGCCCAUAAAGUGCCAAGUCCACCUGUUCAUAAUUAUAUAGAAAUCUUAAAAUUGCCAGAUGCUGAAGCUAAAAAACAAAACAGUAAACCUGAGGGAAGUUCUGAGACUAAAUCUAACACUUGUAAUAAAACUGAUACUACUUCUCAAAGCAAGCCACCUAACAAAACAUCUGAAUCUUCUGCAAAAGGACCUAUUCCAAAUCUGAAACCAAUUGCUGACACUAAAUUAGGAAAACAAAGUGGUAACUAUUCAUCACCAAUCACUUUUCAACAAACUUUUGAGCAACAAUUGCAAUCAAUGCAGUCUGAUAAAAAAUCAAAAUUACCUAAGAAUAAGGCACAGGUCCCUAAACUGGUGCCAGCUAAUCCAAAAACAUUUAAUGCUGCAACUAAGCUUAAUAGUCCUAACAACAAACCUUCAAGUGGCAUUAUACCCACUUUGGAAAAUAAACCUAGUACAGCUCUAGAUUUAUCUACUCCAACUAAUAUUCAAAGUCAGUUAACACCACAUCAAACUAAAGCUUUUGAAACAAUGCAAUCCAUAGCUAAUUUGGCUAAAAAGCAAAAUUUACCAUCGAAAGGAUUGCCACCAGCCAUGUCUCAAUCAUUUUCUAGUAUAUCUAACAGACCAAUACCUACUAGUACUCCUAUGCGACUUCCUUCUAUGGCCAACAUAGCACAUUUGAAACAGGAUAAAGUUAAUACAAUUGGAAUGAUAGCUAGUAGCUUAAGACAGGAAUUGUCGAACAAAGCUAACCAAAUGAAAACGUCAACUAAUCCUAAUCCACAAAUAUUAUCGCCAAGUUAUCAAAUGCCUUCUCACAGCUCUCCAACCACAGCACAGCCUGCACCCAGGUCACAAACGCGUUCACCAAGCUCUUCUCCAAAGUUAGUUAUUGCAGAAGAAAAGCAUACAAAUAAUCAAGAAAGUAAUGCAAAUCAAUCGAGUCAAAUAUCAAGUACCCAACUUCCUAAUGUUGCACCUAAAAGCGAGUCACCUAAAGCUUCCCCGGGCCCAUCAAAAUCUGGACUUAAACCCAUGAAACCAAUACCGCAAGCAAACAAAAUAACUGGAAUACGUCAACCUAUAACGCCCACAAUAAAACCGAACCCUACUCUUGCUGAUUUUCAACUUAUGAAUACUCAUCAUGCAUUGCUGAGGCAAAUGGAAAUGAGUGCUUGGAUAAAAGCACAGAGACAAUUUAUGACAAUGUCUAAUAUAGCUCAUCAAGCUCAAAACGAUUUCAAUAAGGAUAAGCAAUAUAUGAAUACAAGCCUAACUGCGAUACAGAUGUCUGCAGUUCAGGGGACAAUUCCUUUCAAAUCUCGGAAGAAGACUUAUUUGAAUACUAAACAGUGUAAAUUAGAUAUUGAAAAUCAUGAUAUUCUGAAUAUUGGAGGGCUCUCGAAGACAAACAAACUAAAGAGGCCCAUAAAUGAAGGCAAAGAUAAGCAGAUAUUUGACGAUGAUACGUGUUCUACACCGAAAAUAUCAAGGAAACUAAAAAGGGAUACCGAUAGUGUAUCAAAAGAAGAAAAAACUGAAAAAUGUGAAUCAAGUAACAGUCCGAAGCCUCUGACAAGCAGAGAAAAGGAAAUCGAAUGGUUGGAGAAUUUUUUGACUGAACAUCUUGAGAAAGAAGAAUCUGCAUCAUUGUACAUUUCUGGUCAGCCAGGAACAGGAAAAACUGCAAGUUUAUCCUAUAUACUGCAGUUACCUAAGUUCCAAGAAGGCUACAAACAAGUGUACGUGAAUUGCACUAUGAUGAAAUCGGCGGCCAGCAUUUACAACAGGAUUUGUAAAGAGUUGCAACUGCAAACAUCAGGAAGCACGGAAAAAGCGUGCCUUAGCGCGAUCGAAAAGCAUUUAAAUAAGAAACAUAAAAUGAUUUUGCUGGUACUAGAUGAAAUCGACCAGUUAGACAGUAAGAGGCAGUCGGUCCUCUACUCGAUAUUCGAGUGGCCCGCACUAACGGGGUCCCGCGUCGUCCUCAUUGGAGUGGCUAAUGCCCUAGACCUCACAGAGAGGACUUUGCCGAGACUUCAAGCGCGUUGCUCCCUCCGACCUCAGACAUUACACUUCGCGCCCUAUACAAAAGAGCAGAUCAUCAACAUUUUCACAAGGGUGCUGGCUUCUGAAGAUAAGACCAACGUGUUUUCGCCGAUCGCUUUGCAGAUGCUUGCAGCGAAAAUAGCAGCCGUCUCCGGUGACAUGCGGCGCGCUCUAGACAUCGGACGGCGCGUGAUAGAGCUGGCUAAACGAAGCAAGUUUGCUGAGAAUCAAUCCGUGGACUCUAUUAUGAAAGACUCUACUGUCACCGUGGAACUGAAGCAGGUGUUAGAAGUACUGAAUGACGUGUAUGGUGGCUCGAGCAAGAUCGAGACCGAUGUCGAUGAAGGGUUUCCGAUGCAACAGAAACUGAUACUCUGUACCGUAAUGUUAAUGCUCACUAAAGGGAAGAACAAAGAUAUUGUUUUAGGGAAACUUCAUGACGUUUAUAAAAGAGUGGCUCUAGCGCGUAAUAUAGCGCCGCUGGACUUGGGCGAGAUGGCGAGCGCUUGCUCGUUGCUGGAGGCGCGCGGCGCCGUGCGCUGCGGCGGCAGCGGCGGCGCGCGCGGCCGGCGCCUGCGCCUGCAGUGGGACGAGGCCGAGCUGGCCGCCGCGCUCACUGAUAAACCGCUGCUCUCCUCUAUACUCGCCGACGUGCGCUGUCUUGGAAACUCCUAGAAGGUAACCCACUUAAAAGCAGCUAAGUAACGUCUCGUUUGAGGGAUUCACAGAGGUGUUAAGUCAUAAAUUUAAUUUUCGACGUCUAUGCGACUUAACUCGUGCGGUAUCGACCCAAUUUGACGUAUUGAUGAUUCGAGUACAGAAUACAAAAUAACAGUCUAUAUGUACUUAUUACAAUACGUCAAAAUGUGUUGUGAAUAAUUAAUUAUGACGUUAUAAAUAUUUUUUACAAGUGGUCUAAUACUGGCAACCUUACCCUAAAAUCGGAUUACGCCGCCGUGGGAUAGUCCGCUUCAGCUUAAUGCACACAGAGGCGGUACCGGGAACGGAAAUAUAUUUAACGUUCGAAUUUCUAUAGACACGUUCAAAACUUCACUUAAGAGUCUUCGCGGCGCUAUUUUCGUACAAAUUAGCGCUCCUGACCCGCAACGCUCACGGUACGGCCUCUGUCGUGGAAUUUUAUUGUAGAAACGUCGGCGACGGUGAUAGAUAUGAAUAUGACCAAAAAUGAGACUGCGCACAUUACUCGUAUGUGGCUAAUCGAGACACCAGAAUCCAGAUAUCCAUCUAGAUAACAGAAUCGCCUGAUUUCAUGGCUCUAAUUGUAGUGGGUGGCAAAUAAAUAUACACUCAAUCACUCUUUGUUCAGGUUAAAGCAUGUGUCUAUAUUGUGGAUCCCUUAUCGUAGUUAGUAUUAAUAGUAAUUGAUGAUGUUUCUCCCACUUUAACAGUAGAGUACAAAUAGUAAUUAAGAAGGUCUGUACAAAUAGCCUGCUUCGCCUAAAUUAAUUCAUAUUUUCGACUCAAGAUUUUAAGCGUUAACAUAUAGUCACUCGAAGUUAUAAGGUAGCCAGAUUUUUUUUAACCCCUAUGACGCAGUCUUGGGAUGCAGCAAUGUGUUUCUAUUAACAUUUUAUUUAGUAAAGUCUUAAGGCCCAGUGUCUUUUUAUUAUCCAAACCACAUUGUUUAAUUAUUAUGUCUGGAAAUCUGGACUUUACAAUGUUAACAAUCACUACAUUUUCUUUCAAAAAGUGGGAAUUCGAUAUGCUUUCUAGUAAAUAUUGCCUUAUUUGUUGUGCUUUUACAUUUAAGUAGUGAAUAUUUCUAAUUAUUAGCCAGUUUUUAACAAUUUUGAGGCAAAAGCCAAAGUUAGUUUAGCUUAAAUAAUGUGUUGGUUUCGUUUUUCGAUAUUGUGUUAAUGUUUUAGUGAUGAACUGUUGUUAUAUGUAAGUGUAGUGUAAGAAUAAACAAGUUUUUAUCUACUUAUUAGUCUUAUAAAGUUUGCCUAUAGAUACUGGAAAUGGUAUGUAUCUUCAGUAUACAUGUAUGUGUGAACUAACAUGUUAGACUAUUACAAUCAUUGUAUUAUGUAUAUCUGGAAGUUGUUGAAGUAUUAUAUGACUGUUAUUAAGACUGAUAAUUAACUAUAAAUAUUUAACAUUAUAAUCGUAGCUAAUUAAGGAAAUAAAAUAGUUUGAGCCUAAUAUAGCCUGAACUUUUAAACGAUUAUAAGCGUCCUCUAUAAAACUAAUCGACGUUAUGGCAGGCGGCGUUUAAAUCAAUUAUUAAUCGUUUUUUACUUUCUCCCAUUCACCGUAAUUCUAGGGUCAGCGCACAUCUAUGGGGCGCGGUGAAGCGAUUUAAAUCGAUAAAAUUGUUAUAAUCGAUAAACGUUACACUAAUUCUACCUAUUUUAGUUUGUACCUGUCAUUUUCCUAUCCGCCAAAAAGGAAAGGGACAGGUAUUCGACAGGCAUACAAUUUAUGGAACACACGUCAAUUUUAGGCAGAAAGGACGAUGAGUCAAAACGUCCCCUUCAAUCAAGAGAUUCCUGACAUAUUCGAAGCGUCUUAGCGAGUUAAUAUUUUUGUUUUAUGGCGACUUUCUCGAAAUACGCGGGUUUUAGCCGGUAUUCGGGUUUUUAAUUAAGCACGAUUUUGGAAACCGCCUGGUACAUCAUUAUUUAAACCAAUUUCGAUUUUCGAUAAAUCUUUUUUUUAUUUCUUAACCGCAUAGAAUUUGAAGUUCAAUAUCUUAUCUUAUUGGUUAUCUUUUUACAAAUACUAAUAAAACCACAUAAAGUAUUUGUUGGAAGGGGGGACGUGUCUCAAACAGUGACGGUCAUGGUCCUUUAAAAAUCCCGUCCAAAAUUUUAUUUUGGAAUUAAGAUGACAGCACACGUCAAACGGGAUGCAUAUCAGCGAGAUGACUAUUUUAUUCACCCGGGUUAUUAAUUCACUUUAAAAUGAACAGUUGUCAAUCAUCCAUCCCUUUCCUUUCCGGCGGAUAAGAAAAUGACGGGUAUAACUUAAAAUUAGGAGGUGUUUCAGGAAUCGGGGCCGUUAUCCUCUAUAAUUGGAUCGAUCGAUUUGUUAUAUAUCACAAUUCACAUUCUUGACUAUGAAGAAAAUACUUAACGAUGUAGGAAGUUGCGGAAAUAGAAUGCUCCUUUUCUCUUCUGCUUGAGACUGUUGUGAGACUAGGAUGUUUAUGAAUGUGAUGUUUGCGUCAGCGCGGCACCGAGAGUCACAACUAAAUAAAUACCUUAAAAAUCGAUUGCGUAAGUAUUUUCGCCCUGACCUUUUGUAUCAAUUUAUUAAACUCAGCCGGUCUUACCGACUCACAAGUAGUAGGAUAUUUAAAUUUGUAUGUUAUUAACUGUAAUAAGUCGUGAAGUAAGUUUAUUAUAUUAUGUAAUGUAAUAAAUUGAAUAAUCCUUGUAAUUGACCUAUACUUUGCGUUUAUGAGUAGUUGAGAGGCUCACUAAUGAGUGAGUUACGUUAUUUUAAUUUAGAAUAACGUAACGUAGUACGUUAGUAGUCAUUAUUAUGGAUUUAUAACUAUUUAUGACUAUUUUAGAAUUGUAUAUUUGAGAAAGUUCAUUUUCAUGUUUUGGGAUUACUUUUUAUUGUUUGACUGUUUAUAUCUUUUUUGUAAAUUGUGUAAGAACGAACCUUCAAUUGUGGGUUUUUGUGUUUUGUUUUGUAACAAGUAAACGACUCGAGAAAGUCGUAACUAUAAUUUAAGCAGAAAACAUAGUUAAGACUUCGUUUUACAAUUCACAUUAAAAUCAAAAACACUUUAUAAAUGUA